AUGAAUUUUGGCAAUCAGACACCCACGAUUGUUGUGCUUAAAGAGGGUACUGAUGCCUCUCAAGGCCGUGGUCAGAUUAUUUCCAACAUCAACGCAUGUUUGGCAAUUCAAGAUACUCUGAGGCCAACCCUGGGCCCUUUGGGGUCGGACAUUCUGAUAGUGUCGUCCAGCGGUAAGACCACUAUCUCCAACGAUGGUGCCACAAUCCUGAAACUGCUUGAUGUCGUUCACCCUGCUGCCAAAACGUUGGUAGACAUUUCUAGAGCUCAAGACGCGGAAGUCGGAGACGGUACCACCAGUGUGACCAUACUGGCCGGUGAGCUGAUGAAGGAAGCCAAGCCCUUCUUGGAGGAGGGGAUUUCCUCUCAUGUGAUUGUCAAGGGCUACAGAAAGGCAUCCCAACUUGCAGUGGCCAAAAUACAGGAGCUCGCGCAGACCGUGACCAACAACGGCAAUGACCGCGACCUGCUAGAGCGCUGCGCAAGGACCGCCAUGUCUUCGAAGCUGAUCAGCAGCAAUGCGGACUUCUUCGUUAAGAUGUGUGUGGACGCAGUAUUAUCGCUGGACCAGGAGGAGCUGGACGACAAGCUCAUUGGUAUCAAGAAAGUUCCCGGAGGUGCGAUGGAAGACUCGCUGUUUGUUAACGGUGUGGCGUUCCAAAAAACCUUUUCUUACGCUGGUUUCGAGCAGCAGCCCAAGAAAUUCAAAAGCCCCAAGAUUCUGAGUUUGAACGUGGAGCUCGAGCUCAAGGCCGAGAAAGACAACGCAGAGGUGCGUGUGGAGCACGUGGAGGACUACCACGCCGUGGUUGACGCCGAGUGGCAAAUCAUUAUGGACAAGCUGAAGCAGAUCGAGGACUCCGGCGCCAACAUCGUUCUGUCGAAACUGCCCAUUGGCGACCUGGCCACGCAGUACUUCGCGGACCGCAACAUCUUCUGCGCCGGCCGCGUGGCAGCAGAGGACAUGAACCGUGUGAUCCUGGCUGUGGGCGGCGCCGUGCAGUCGACCACCUCGGACAUCCGCGCCGAGCACCUGGGUACCUGCGAAAUGUUCGAGGAGGUCCAGGUGGGCUCCGAGCGCUACAACAUCUUCAAGGGCUGUCCGCAGGCCCGCACAUGCACGCUGCUGCUGCGUGGUGGCGCCGAGCAGGUGAUCGCGGAGGUGGAGCGCUCGCUGCACGACGCCAUCAUGGUGGUCAAGCGUGCCAUCAAGAGCAAGAGCGUGGUGCCCGGCGGCGGCGCCAUCGAGAUGGAGGUGUCUAAGUACCUGCGCGACUGGUCCAAAACCAUUGCAGGCAAGCAGCAGCUCAUCAUGCACGCCUACGCGAAGGCCCUGGAGGUGAUUCCCCGCCAGCUGUGCGAGAACGCGGGGCUCGACGCCACGGAGAUCCUUAACAAGCUGCGCAUGGCACACAGCCGCGGCGAGCAGGGCUACGGUGUGGACUUCGACGCCGAGACCGUGGGCGACAACUUCGCCAAGUUCGUGUGGGAGCCCGCGCUGGUCAAGAUCAACGCGCUGAACAGCGCCACGGAGGCCACCAACCUGAUUCUUUCCGUGGACGAGACCAUCAAGAACAAGGAGAGCCAGCCCGCCAACGCCGGCAUGCCCGCGCCGGGCGCGCGCGGUAUGGGCAUGCCCAUGCGCUAG